AUGGCGGUCGCAUUUCCUUCGACGCCACCAGGGAUGACACCCCCGCUGACAGUGGAUGAUUAUGAGAACCACAGCGGGUUGAUUACUAUCAUCCUAUCAUUUGCGAUGUUCCUAGUCUUGGGCUCCUGUGGUAUCAGGGUCUAUUCGGCCUACGCUAGGCAUGCCGGAGGGAUGGAUGAUAUUUUCUUUGCCUUCAUAGUGGUUGUUGCACUGGGCCAAAUUUCCGCAGGAUUUGUUUCAGUUCAUCUCGGUUGGGGCCAGGCUGCCAAAUUAAUCUCGCUUGACGAUGGAUUAAAAAAAGUCGUUUACGCCGCGGAUAUUCUUUAUGUUACGAUAUUGGGAAUGUCAAAAGCCUCCACUGCGGUGUUCUAUCGUACUAUCACGAUGAGGAGCUCACAGUGGAUGAUACAUGGCCUUAUUGGGGUCAUCGCUUUAUGGGGGCCUGUAGCAAUAAUCCUAAUAUCUGUUCGAUGCGGAAAUGAUCCUUGGAAUGAUAUCGAUAAUCAUUGCCCAGUUAUUUUUACCAGAUGGCAAGUGAUAACUGCGCUGGAUGUGUUUCUCGAGGUGUCCCUAUUCCUCUACCCCAUCCGAGUAAUUCCCAAGCUGCAAACAAGCCUAGGCAAAAAGGUUGUCGUGGUUUUGAUUCUAAGUUGCCGUGUGAUGCUCAUACCAGUUGCAGCCGUGCAUCUCUACUACAUACAUCGCCAAGUUGAAUCAUUGGACCCAACACUCGAAGGCACUGGAGCUACCCUCGUAGCCGAGAUACAUGUUGCCCUAAGUACUGUCGUACUUAUUGCACCUCUUAUGAAGCCUUUUAUCGCCGCAUAUGUGGAUGAAAAUGGGCUAGCCUACACAGAUGACGCGUCCAAGUCCCUCAGCCAUCCUAGUUCACGCAUCAAAACGAUCAAGAAAUUUUUUUCCUCGAAGGCACGCGAUCCGUAUCUUUGGACCGAAGAUGAGCCUUUACCUGCGAGAAAUCCUGGGCCUGAAAAUCACAUUAUGAAAAGUGUGCAUAUUUCUGUUGAUCGGCGGACAUUGGAACUUCCAGAGAGAUGUGCCGCUCCGAGUCCAAGCGAUGGAUCAGGUGUUCCUUUAAACAUUCAUUAG